UAAGAUUGAAGUUUUAGUUUUCCAAUUCGAUUCCCGUGACCAGAACCAAAGAAAAAAUAUGGAUUCACGAUACUUCUUUCGAUUUUGGGAUUUUCUAAAAGUUUUCUCCGCAUUUUCAGGUCUUUUAGUUUUCAACCACGUUUUAAGCUUCUUAAUUGUCAAAUUCUGUGGACUAUCGUUAAUUUCUAUGAUCACUGUAUACAUUCUUUGUUUCUCCUCGUUGGUUUCAUUUUGGUGCGGAUUCAAACGUUUACAAAGAGAUCGUGGGACAAGGGAACAUCGACAUCUUCUGAAAGAGCUCUACUCUAUGGAGGUUGAAAAGAUUCCAUUUGUCAUUGAUCGCCUUUUAGAGAUUUAUAGAGCAAGUCCUCAUGGUGAAGAGAACAUCUACACUAAGGACAGUGGGAGUUUUAUGGUGGAAAAGCGCUGUGCAGUGUGUUUGGAAGCUGAAGCGUGCACCCAAACUUUCCCGUGUGAACACGUGGUUGUGUGCAGUUGGUGCGCUUGGCAGUCGUUGAAGCUCGCGUUUCUUCAGAGAUCACCUCAUCGCUGUGUCGUCUGUAGGACCGAGAUUGAGGAUUUUGGUGGAAGUUUGAUCAGAGCAAGAGACGUGGUGAAUCUAAGCUGGAAAGAUGUGAGGAAGAUUGUUGAAGACGUAAAACGUUGUUGAGCGUUUAGAGGUCAUUGUUUAACAGUCUAGGAAAAUAAGGAAGUUAGAGAUAUGUUAGGCUUCCUUAGAUGAAAGAAAUGAACGAAAUUUUAACAAAUUUCCAGGCAAAACAUUUACCAUGUGGGAUAGAACUGGAAAACCCGGCC